UCUUGUCUAAUGGAGAAUGGACCAGUCGACAAAACGGUCGGCUGAAGGAGAUUUAGCAGAAAGUGGUGCGAUGGAUAUCUUAGGAAUUGCAGAUGUCCUGGAUGGAUCUGGGGAGGAUACCCGAGCUGUACAGGAUAUGGCUGCAUCGUUGGCGCAGCAGUUAGGCUCCGAGCCUACCCCUCGUCCUGCUGCACCCACUCCUCCUAUUCGUAACACUGCUUCACCCAAAGUAAUGGAAACACAAAUGAGAGAUAAAGUCAAUAGGUUGAGGCAGUUAUUGGGACGACUCAUUGAAAUGGCGACGCAGAAGGACGAGAAAUUCGGGCAGGUGAUGAGAGAAUUGGUGAAAAAGCUUCUGGAUGGGAACAUGUCUGAUUCCAAGUUCAUCACGGAGAUCGACAGGAUAGGAGGAAUCAAACUUCAGUCACAGGCAGCAAACUUUCCACACUUUCUCUCGUCCACUUUACCGUAUCUACGAUUUCAACUACAGCAGGAGACUCAGGCCAUCUUCCAGCAGAAAGCUAAGCGCGCAACUCCCAGCAUCAAAACCGAGCCAGCAUCCACAUCCCCUGCACCACCGACGACCAUGACGCAGGCUGCAAUACCUGCUGCUGCGCCUACUACUGCAGCUACUCCAAGCGCAACCCCAGCUGCUGCGGCGAUUUCCGCAAGUACAAAUUCCGUCACAGCCGCCGCUGCAGGUGUAACAACUACUUCCAGCACUCGCGUCACCCCAGCAGUAGCCGCCGCUGCUGCUGCUGCUGCCUCUGCGACUGCCACUGGUAGCAGCCCUAACACACCAACACCAUUGGUGAAUCCCAACGCUCUCCGAGCCUUGCUGCAGGCUGCAGGCCAGCAGAAGAUGAUGGAAGCGCUGAAGAACCCGCAGCUCUACCAUAUGUUCAUGCAGCGCCACGCGCAGCAGGCGUCACUAGCCGCCAAGGGACAGCAGAGGCCGACUGCUGCCACCACCACCGCCACCGCAGCACCCACUGUGCCUCCGCAGGUGUCUAGCAUCUCUGCGACAACCGCAACCGCCAACCUUGCUCCGGCAGUGCUGAAAACGCCGGCGCCACCGUCCGUGGUUGCUUCCACGGCGUCGGCUUCGGUACCGACACCAACGACUGCAGUGGCCGUACCGAGUCAUCCACAGCCAGUGGCGACGUCUUCUGCACCGACCGCAAGUAGCACAACAACACCAUCCAAGCCAAGUGCCACCAGCAAGGCUGCAAAGUCUAAAACGAAAGACGAUGCACCCGGGGAGGAUGAUAACGAUGUGACGCUCGUUGGAGGAGUAAAUCUCCGUGAGGAGACGGCGAUUCUAACUGGUGCUGAGCAUGCCCCACUUCAAACACAAACUUGCGGUGAUCAAACACUUCUCGCUGCUGACCCUCUGCGUCAGCUGAUCGCAAAGAAAGUCAAAGAGUGCGGUCUGGAGUCUGCAUCGCCUGAGGUUACUCAGCUUAUGUCCCAUGCAAUGGAGGCUCGGUUACGAGACACACUCGAGAAGCUCACUGUGAUCAACCAGCAUCGAGCGGAGCACUACAAGGAGGAUAGCCAGGUGGAAAUCACAACGCAGGCUAGAGGGCAGUUGCGAUUCCUUGAAGAAGUCGAUCGGCAUAACACGAAAAAGCGGCAAGAACAGCAGCGCGAGAUGCUCCUGAAAGCGGCGAAAAGUCGAGCGAGACCGGACGAUCCCGAGGCGGCGCUGCUGAAAGAAAAAGCCCGGCAGGUUCAGCACGAAGAAGAUGAGCUGAUGCGUAAAAACGCCGCUAACUUGGCUGCUCUGGCUGCCAUCGGUCCUCGUAGGAAACGGAAAGCAGACGAGGAACUGACCGCGUCGACAGAAGCUGCUAGUGGAGCCCCGGGCGUCGCGGCAUCGCAGCCAUACGCAAGUCAACUACGUACACGACAGCGCCGCAUCGGUCUCAAGGACUACCUGUUUUAUCUGGAGCAGGAGAAGACCAAGCGCCACUCCAAGGAGCUGUUCAAAGCCUACAUGAAGCAAACGUAGCAGCAGGCAGCGGCCGAGCAGGCGUGCGCAGCACCGCGGGUCGGUGCUAAGCGUGACAAUCAUGUGAACGGUGUCUGCACCCAUUUAUUGCUGCUGGUGGUGGUGGUGGGAAGUAGCUGAAGUGCUGCUGUAAAUCGAAUGGACAGGCUUGCUUCUGGAAGCUGAUUCUCAUAUGGCAUAUCCUUGCGAUCCCAGAUGUUCUUUGAUUUGGGAAAGUUGCAAUACUUGUCCCAACCAAUUGGCUUUCUUGCACUCUGUACUGUGUGUGUAGAGUAGUGUGGCUCCCUUCCCCUUCUCAAGCACAUGUGUGAGCUGGUCAUUAGGGUUUGCGUUGUUUUGUUUGGUCCUUUUUUUUAAAGUAUAUAUUUUUACAGUCCUAUCACUUGGCGGGAGACCUACUGGCUUUGCUGAACGCAGGAUGCGCAUGCGUGUGUGGCUGUGUGUGCAGAUAUCCUCGCAUUUCUUUUGGCAUAUUUUCUUUUUACUCCACUAGUACGAGUGAGCGUUCCUGUUAUGUUCCACUGUUCCCGUUGCUUGUCCUCGCACUCAUUGUGUCGUCUCACCUGAGUCUUUUUAAAGUUCUGGUAGGGGGAAUGUACUCGUACACCUGCCAGGCCGUCGCUGAUCCUAUCCCUUUUAUUUCAUGCUCUCUCUCCUCUUCGGUGCUGUGAUACACAUGCCCCAGCCUGAGUGGCGUAGUAAGAGCGUUUUCAUUAGCUCACUAACAUCUCCACUCAUCAGAAAUCACCAUGCGUGCACACGUGUGUGCCCCGUAACAUCAA